GCGCUGUCAGAGCACAACGUGCUGGUGGUGGAGGGUGCGCGCAAGUACGCCUGCAAGAUCUGCUGCAAGACCUUCCUGACACUGACAGACUGCAAGAAGCACAUCCGCGUGCACACGGGGGAGAAGCCCUACGCCUGCCUCAAGUGCGGCAAGCGCUUCAGCCAGUCCAGCCACCUGUACAACCACCCCAUGCAGCUCCAG